AUGGCCACUGUUGCAAAUCGGGCCGAAAGGGCCGAAGCCUUCUCUCGGGAGUAUGCAGUAUCCACAUUUGACGGCCAAGGUGAUAACUUGAUGAGCAUUACUGAACUGUUGGACCAGGGGAGCACGAUCAGUGGCAAUGCAAGUCAACUUGACGAAAAGUACGCUAGGCGGAUGCAGCUUUUAGACACAAGGAAGAGACUCAAUAAGACUUUGCAGGAAGUAACCUCUACUGCGUCGGAUUUGCGAGCACAGCUCCUAUUGGUAAAUAAUACGAUAAGCCCUGUCAAGGAAGCCAUCAACAUUCUCUCAGAUACGAUAAAGGACUCCCAACAGGUUAUCACAGAUUGCGAAGCCAAAAAGGUAGAGCUAGAAGGUAUUUACAUUAAUAAAUGCGAAGAGUACGAUAGAUUGAUUGCCAUAUCGGCACAAUUACGCGAAAAAAAUGAGAUCAUGAAAAACCAGCUAGAAGAAAUUACUGAGACAACCGAGUAUUCUGGCUCAGAAGCUAAGGGGAGCUCCAUCACAGACGCCCUGAAGAACAAUGACCCGUCCAUCUCAACAAGGUUUGGGAUUGCAAGACGCCACCACGAACUUGAGUCUGACCAAGUGGUCCAGAGCACCAGCAGUGCGCUUAUGCAGGAAGCAGAGGCCUUGAGGCAAGCCAUCGCAGACAAGCAGAAAGAUAUUCAGCACAGUCGACAAAGUGCCGAACGGAUCGAAGCAAGCACAGCAGAGCUCCGUGGGCUGAUUACGCAACUCAGUAGUGUAUUGACUCAACCAUCGAGCACGAUGUACGGGCCACCCGGCUCGGACAUCUAUCUCAUAGCGCCAUGCAGGCACCUGAUUGUCACAAUAGGGAGCCCGCUGGUGCCUCAGCGAGACAGGUGCCCCAAGUGUUACGCAAGAGUGACCGACAUUCUCAAAGUUGAGCAAUACAAAAACACAGUGUGA